UGGAGCCGGGCUGCAUCCAUCGCCUCCAUCCAUUGCUCCAUAUGCUCUCCGUCAAUCUUCACUUUACCUUGGAUUCUGACCUUACUGCUUCACCGUGACCCUCUUUGCCCAACUGUGUGUGUUUGCGUUCGACUGCUAACUCAAAGAAGGAACAGGAAAUCUUCCCGCCAUCAUGAACUUCCUCCGACGUCGUCUCUCUGACAGCAGCUUUAUGUCAAACCUUCCCAACGGGUACAUGUCAGACCUCCAGAGGCCGGACCCGCCUGCACCUCCUCCCCCAACUGCCUCGUCUCCAUCCCAGCAGGGUCCAGGUGUUUCCCAGGCACCUGCCCAGUCUCCCACCCAAGCCCCAUCCCAAGUGCCGGUCAGCUCCCCUGCUCCACAGGAGCGCCGCCCAUCCCAGGUUCAACAGCAGCCUCAACAGGCCCAGUCAUCUGCCUCAGCCACUUCUUCCUCGGGUGGUUCCUCCGGGUUCUUCAGCUCCUUCAGCUCCAUCACUAACGCAGUCAAGCAGACAGCGGCGUCUGCUGCUGGCUUUGUGGAGCAAUCUGCUCCCUCUCCCUCCCUUUCCAAGAAGUUUAAGAUCCUUCUGGUCAUUGAUGAGCUUCAACAUGAAUGGGCCAAAGUGUUUCGGGGAAAGAAGGUCUUGGGAGAGUAUGACAUCAAAGUGGAGCAGGCAGAGUUCUCGGACAUCAACCUCAUCUCACAUUCAAAUGGUACUUGCACUGUGGACAUGCAGGUCGUCAGAGGCGGUGCUAAAGCAGCCAGAUCUUUUAGGCCAGACUUUGUCUUGGUGCGCCAACAUGCCUUCAGCAUGGCCCAGAACGAAGACUUCCGAAACCUAAUCAUCGGUCUGCAGUAUGCCGGCAUCCCCUCUGUCAACUCGCUGGACUCUAUCUACAAUCUCUGCGACAAACCCUGGGCUUUUUCCCAGCUGAUCAAUAAUCAAAAGAGGCUUGGUGCUGAUAAAUUCCCUGUGAUUGAUCAGACGUUCUACCCCAACUACAAGGACAUGAUCACAUCGCCGAACUUCCCUGUCGUGGUGAAGAUCGGACACGCCCACUCCGGAAUGGGAAAGGUCAAAGUGGACAACUUGAGCGACUUUCAGGAUAUUGCAAGCGUGGUGGCCAUCACUCAGACCUACUGCACGACAGAGCCGUUCAUAGACGCCAAGUACGACAUCAGAGUGCAGAAGAUUGGCGCUGACUAUAAGGCGUACAUGCGAACAUCCAUCUCUGGUAAUUGGAAGAGCAACACAGGUUCAGCCAUGUUGGAGCAAGUUGCCAUGACUGACAAGUAUAAGUUGUGGGUCGAUACUUGCUCCGAAAUCUUUGGUGGCCUGGACAUCUGCGCCGUCAAGGCCAUCUGUGGCAAGGACGGCAAUGACUACAUCACCGAGGUGGUGGGCUCAUCUAUGCAGCUGGUCGGCGAUCAUCAAGCGGAGGAUCGCCAGCUCAUAUCCGAGGUGGUACUGGCUAAAAUGAGCCAGGUCCUAGCUGCCAAGAAGUCCUCUAUUUCACGCUCGCCAGCUCGCUCCCCUCAAAGCCAGAAAACGACUGUCUCUGCUGCACCCUCACAGAGUGGUGGUGUUAAAGAGGGAGCGCCAGAUUCAAGCAGAGCCACAGGCCAGCGUCCUCAACUUCAAGGGGCAUCAGUUAAAGCACAGAGUGUGGAGUCAUCAUCAGACACACUCAAGAGAUCUUCCGAGAGUCCAUCAAAGCCCAUUCAGGCCCAGAAACCUGCUUCAAGUCAAGCGCAGAAACCAGCUCAGGCACAAAAGCCAAGCCCAGUCCAAAAAUCUGCCUCAGUUACAAAGCCUCCAGUGCAGAGGCCUCCACCCAUGACAAGAGCUCCGUCUGUCACAAAACCUACAUCAGAUUCUGCUUCCGGCCCAGCUAAACCUCCUCCAUCUUCCCCUGCGGUCUCAGCAGCUCCGGCCUCCCCCGCGGCCUCGGCUGCCGCCUCUCCUCCAGCGUCAGCUCCCACCACAGAGCAGCCCAAGCCCCAACCCCCAGGCUCCCCAGCCCAAGCUCCAGGAAAGCCGAAGGACCUGCCGCCUAAGCCCACCCCACCUGCCAAGCCCAUCCCUCCUGUCCGCAGGAACUCCAAGCCGCAGCUGCAGCCAAAACCCCAAACGCCGCCUCCUCCCAGAGCCUCACCAAAAUCUCAAUCCACACCCCACAACCCGGCGCCUGUCGAGGCCUCGGACACAGCUCCAUCUACCGGCGAGGCGCAAGUCGAGUCUCCGGCCAAAGCCAGUCAAUCCCCGCCUAAUGCGCAGUCUCCAGCCAAGUCUCAGCCUCAAGCUAAGCUCGCUUCUCCGUCCCAGAACCCUGAACCCGAAACUGCCACUGACCCUGCUGAGGGCCAGGAGGACCAGCAAGCGUCCCAGCCAAAAACCCACCCUCUGCUCAAUAAGUCCCAGUCACUGACCAAUGCCUUCAACGCCUUCAGUGAUUCCUCCUUCUUCCGCGGCGUGUCCGGUUCCGGAGGCGGCGACGGCCAAGAUGAGGCCAAGGCCGAGACCAUUCGCAACAUCCGGAAGUCCUUCGCCAGCCUUUUCUCUGACUAGCCACCGACCUCCUGCCCUCUUCUCCCCCUCUCCCACUCCUCAUUGGCCAGCGAUGACUUGAUUGACAUUUCAAUAUGGCACAGUCAGAGACGUAUGUGUGUUUUCAAUUAAGUGUACUGUAUUCCCGCUGUCCAUCCAUCUGUCCGUCCUGCGUAUCAACUUGUCUGUGCGAGUGAACAGCGAUUUCCCCCGGCUCGGAUUUUAAGUGCAUGUAGCUGUGCCAGAAUAGAUGGACUGAUGAGUUAUGUCACUGAUGUGCCCUCGGGAUAGCAUAGCAUAGCAUAGCAUAGCAUAGCAGAGAAUAACAUAGCUUAAUACAGAAAAGAACAUGUUUAUUUUCACAAAGCACAUUAAAGAACAGAGUUAUAUGAAAUUAUAAUGAUAAAUUGAGACAAAAUGUACAUAGAGUAUAUAAGCAGUACGCAUAGAGUAUAUAGUUAGAGAGACACAGAUAUAUAGUCAGUAGUUUAUCGGUGACAUAACUCGUUCAUGAAGUGGCUGGAUUUUUAAGCGUUUUAACUAUUAGUACUAUAUUUGAUGGUUUCCUUCGUGAUCCUCGCAGUAAAUCCACUUUUGGUGCCCCUAAGUGAAACUUGUGUGUAAUUUUAAAAAUUAUAGGAAAAAAAAACACGUCAAGUAUGUGUUUAUGUGCAAAUCCAGCCUUGGUGUCUCGGCUUGAGGAGGUUUGCGAUCUUUUUCUCUGUGUGUGCGUCUAUGUGCGUGGGGGUGCGUGUGCAUGUGUGUGUGUUCUGCAUGGCUCCUCAGAGAGGCUCCACCGUGACCUUUGGAGUUGCUGUCAGGAGCUGUAUCAGUGUUGACUUUGCCUUCCGUUGCCUCUAUCUCUCUUUUCUCUAGAUGUUGUAGCCUUAUCGUGUUUUCAACUCACAGCUUUGUUCGUUUGCUGUGCAGACCUGAGUCAACUUGAAAUUCAUUCAUCGGUUUAUUACAAACAAGGGGGCAAGACCAGCUCAUCCAAUUCACCUUUUGUCUUCAAGCCACCCCGAAAAUAACUCCCUGAUCAAAGAGCAGCACACAGUUCGAGUUUUUUGCCUAUUUUAAAAUCUUGGUUUUGUUCUAUUACCAAAACCCCAGAUAAAUUCUCACUCGGGAUGUUUUCAAUCAAGAAAUCUUUUUAAUAAGAAUGCAACCAGAUAAAUUCAUUAAAAAAGCAAUGCUGCCACCAUCAUAGUGCUUUUCAAUACAUCAAUCUAAGGUCUGGAUCAGGGUUCUCCAACUGGCGGACUGGGGGAAAUGGAGUAUGUUGCAUUUGUUUAAAAGUGCAGAAAUCAAGCUAACUCUGAUGCGGGUCAGACUUUCAGUAGCAAAAUUAGUGGUGUGUUCUCCACUUCCACAACAUUGACGUCUUUUUACAAUACUUAAGUACACAACAUACCGGCAGCUCUGACCCGUCGUGAGCGCUCGCGUGAUCGCGCGCGCUACUGUGACAUUAAAAACAACCUGUGAGGUGGACUUGAUUUGACUGAACAUUUUUUCCCAAAUUUUUUGGGGCAUUUACCAUGAGUUUGUGACACCCCGCCCAGGUCAACAACCAGUUAUUUACUAUUUAAUUACUGUUUCAAAUUACCGUAUUGGCCCGAAUUUAAGAUGGCCCUGAUUAUAAGACGACCCCCUCUUUUUCAAGACUCAAGUUUGAACAAAAGACUUUUUCAUUCAUUCAUUUUCCAUGCCGCUUUUCCUCAUGAGGGUCGCGGAGGUGCUGGAGCCUAUCCCAGCCAACUACGGGCAGUAGGCAGGGGACACCCUGAACUGGUUGCCAGCCAAUCGCAGGGCACAAGGAGACAUACAACCAUUCACGCACACACUCAUACCUACGGACAAUUAAGAGUGUUCAAUCAGCCUACCAUGCAUGUUUUUGGGAUGUGGGAGGAAACCGGAGUUCCCGGAGGAAACCCACGCAGGCACGGGGAGAACAUGCAAACUCCACACAGGAAGGCCGAAGCCCGGGAUUGAACCCUUGAUCUCAGAACUGUGAGGCAGAUGUGCUAAUCACUAAGCCACCGUGCCGCCAAAAGACUUUUUGAGCACCAAAUUAAUUUGAGAGAAAAAGCAUGUUAUUUUGCCUCAUUCAAAUCUUACUACAGUAUCUGAACAUUUAAAUAUGUAAACUAAAGUGCGAUCACAUUCGUAAAUGAAUGGCUUCUGGUUUUUGAAAUGUAAAUAAACCACUUUAUUGUGAUAAAACAACAAAAUUGCAAUAACUGCAUUAACCAUCAAAGUGAAGUCUAACUGUAAUUGUAAUCUUGAAAAAAAAUCUGAAUAAGGAAAAACAUUGACAUAAAAAAUUGCAAACUGGUUAAACUUGAGAGAAGCUGAGAUCUGUCAUGACAGAACAUCGCUUCAAUGGUAUCUGGCGCCAUCUAGCGUUGUGAAUGGGUAUAAUGUCUAGACCGCGAAUAUAAGACGACCCCCUCUUUUUCAGUAUUUCAAUGCAAAAAACACAGUCUUAUAUUCGGGCCAAUACGGUACAUAAGUUGCAUAACUUACCAUCCAUCCUCAUGCAGAUUCCUUUUUAAACGUUGUGACUUUCCACCACCAUAUAGAAUCGUUCAUCGCCCAUGUUUACUGGUGUUUAAACCUUGAAGAAGCACCUUGCCUGUUGACUGCAGGCCUGGCUCUGCCCAUUUUGAGGGAUGCGUCUCCGGCAAAAAUAGAAAAUAGCUCAAACCAUCCGGUGGACUCCGGCACGUCGGCGAUGGUCAGCAGUCAAUCUGUAGCACUGACGGAAACAGAUUGGCUCCGGCGCUAUAUCUUGCCGGAUCCGGACUGCAGACACGUCCGGUAUAAUUUGGCCUUUACAGUGACUGUUGCUGGCCGAAAAAACCUACUAAUAUCUCUCCUCUUUAAAGGGGGCGGAGGAGGCGGCAUGUUGUCGACAUGUUGUAUUUCUGUCAGGGCUGUGAGUGCGUCUUUGGGGUCAAGUCAUCAGCCAAACAAAUGUACGUGUCAAAAAAAAACAAUGGACUGGCAAAUUCAGCAGGUGAAAAACAGUAAAUGUAAGUCUGAACAUAAUCAAAAUAAUUCACUUAAUAACGGGAGAGUCAAUACUAUCCUUACAACAUAUAGAAAUAAUAUUGCUUAAAAGUUGGUGGGGACAAUUUAAGCAUCCUGAACGUUGGUCGUGGUAUGUCCCUACCGACCCCAUAUAAACCUACGUCCUUGAGUCAAAUACAUAAUGACAUUUGACUGUUUUAACCUUAAUAAUUAUAUUUCAACUGUUUGGGAUUACAGUGUUUGCAGAGUGCCUGAGUUUAUGUAAAAGAACGUAUAAUUCACAUACAAACUGCUUCUGGUUUCCGAGUGGAGGUGGAUAAUUUGCGCCUACUGUAUUAAAUGUGCAAUUAUUUCUUCAGGAUAUAUAAUGUGAAUAUUUUCAGAAAACACUUGGCUGAUGGAAUUACUGGACCUCUUGCCAAUUUAGUUGGGGAGCCCUGAUCUAGACUGUGGUGGGACUGUAAGCAAAGGUGAAUUGGACCCAUAGCAGUCGGCCCUAUCAAAAAUUAAAAUGAAUGCAUUUCAAAGCGGAAAAAGACGCAUGUCUGUUGCCGUGACUGGUGAGUUUUUUGUUUCACCUUAUGUGUAGAGCUACCUAUGGUAUUGUAAGUUGUUGAUUAUGCCACUAAGAAGACAUUGAGACGGUAGUGCAAUAACACCUUGACAUGACUGUUGAAUGGUGUCAUCCUAUUAUAUCAAUAUGAAUAUGAACGUGUAUAUGGGACUAUUGUAUCUGUUAGACAUCUUUCUCCUUGACAUUGCUUGAAGUGGGGACCCACUCCCCAGCAUCGACAGUGAAAAUGAGAAAGAAAGUGGGGUGUUUUAACACUAGCACAAUUUGGUUGAUCUGGUUUCUUUUCCCCGCUUGGUGUGAUGCGUUUAUAACCAGGACAACCUCUUGGUCUUCCAUCCUAAAGACUGGGACCAAAGCUGAGUUAAACUGAACCACGCCAGAGAUUAAUGGAGCCAAAGUUAUUAUUGCUCACUGUUUCUCACCUUAAUAAGAGUUGUGUUGACACUCAGUUUGGAUAUGUUAAGACAAACCUGGGUACAGUCCAUUUGUUUACCAAACUUUCUGGCUGUUCACAGGUUAGAUUAGGAUCUGCCAAGGUUAUAUGGCUUGUGGAAACAUGAUUUUCCUUAGUGAGGUGUUAACAGAAAAGAAUUAAAUUGCUUUUUAGGUGAUCUUGGUCCGCUUGCAAAUAAUUGCCACUCAUGUUUGGUUGAGAUUGGGCCAGUGAAAUAAACUCUGGUGCUGUGUUGGUUUUAGCAAUGAUUUUACUUUUUGUCUUAGUCUUUUGGAUGAAAAUACUAGUCUGAGGCUCCUUAAAUCUUAUUUUCAGGGCUGACUGUUCAUACUAUUUUUAGCAAGUGUCCAAAUCAGAUCAGGGCCUGUUCAUACCUGCAUAAUUGACACUCUUGACAAGUUGUCUGUUGCAAUGAAGGCCCCAUUCAGAAUAGAUGGACGUCAUAGACAGUCAAAAGCCAUCUGAGCUGUUCAGACUGAGAAGCAUCUUGUCCAUAUCACAGUCUUGCAAAAAUGUGAUUUUCUGCUUUGUGACUAUUCAGACUGCAAAAGAGCCAUCCAGUUUUAGUCUGGAUAGCAUAAAAAUAGGAUAUUGGCUGCUAGUCUGAACAAGGCCAUCUAGUGUUUGUCGUCUAGUUUAAGUCAAGAAAUAAAAGUUUUCGUCUGGAAAAAUUCUGAAGUUUUAGUCUAAAAAUAAAUGAGAUUUCCAACAAUUUCGAAUGAACAUUGACAGACAAGUACACAUGUUUAAGACUGUCCAAAUGUGGUUUGCGGCAUGUGCUGCGAAAUAAAACAUACCCAAAUGUUAUUUCCAUUUACAUACAAAAAUUAUAAUGGACUAUUUUUUUAAAUGAAUUGUAUGUCUAUGAUAUCUUAAAUUGACUUGUUACAACUCGCCUAUGAAUAAACAUUAGUGUAGUGAACUUCAGGUGCUGCUUCAGAUUUGUAGGAUUGUCGCCAGCAGUGUUGUUAAUAACGGCGUUAGAGUAUAAAUGGCGUUACUAACAGCGUUAUUUUUUUUUCAGUAUUGAGUAAUCUAAUUAAUUAUUUUUGUCAUCAAUGCCGUUACCGUUACUGAGUCUGUAAAGGCGUGCGUUACUAUGUUUUACUACGUUGGUUUAAUGACGCGACAAAAGUCUGAAAGACACAGACUCACGGAGGGAGCACAGCAGGAGUGGGGAAGAGGGAAGGUUAGUUGUGACGCCUUUGCAAACGCUAUGGUAAGUGGCUCCAUAAUACCUGACUGUAACCGAUAGCCUACAAACUACACUCACAUGAUGCUACAGUAGAUAUCACAUGUGUAUAGAAAAAGAUGCGAAAUGACAGACUCAGCGGCGUUAGCACAUGUAUAAAGAACUAGAUGUGAAAUGAUAGACUC